UCGAAUACUGAAUAGCAGCACGAAAAGAGCAUGUCCCGGCCACAUGACAUACUGAGACAGCAAAUGAUGCAUAGACUCCUCUCUAAACUGGAAGCUGCUUUAAACCAACAACCACUAAAUCUGGAUUAUUUGGAGUUCUUGACUCGUCAUGAGCUUGUUCUGUUUGAAUCUUUCUCUCAGCAAAUAGGCGGUCUGUCAGAGAUUACAGAGGCUCUACAAAACGUUCAUCAUCUGGUUCAGUGUGAAAUUAACAUCAGCUCUGUGGCCAUUAUUGAACUGGAAACAGAAGUUGGUCUGGGACCUGGCCACCCCAAAAUCGUACUAGAGAGAGAAAGACUCAAGAAUUUGUUGGACAUUCAGCUGCCAGUCAGCUGCAUUGCUAAAUGUCUUGGUGUUUCAAGAAGAACAAUCUACAGGAGGAUGCAAGAAUUUGACUUGUCUGUGAGAGGAACAUACAGCACAAUGAAUGACCAAGAGCUGGACAACAUCAUAUCGGCUAUCAAAAAUCAGAUGCCAAAUGCUGGCUAUCGAAUGGUUCAAGGACAUUUGGUUUCUAUGGGUCUCCGUGUUCAGUGGUGGAGAAUGAUGGCCUCCAUGCAUCGAGUUGAUGCUGUAGGGAUCUUCAAACGGAUCACAGAACUAGGCUGUGUUGUGCGAAGAAGCUACUCGGUGCGAGGCCCUCUCUCCCUGGUCCACAUAGACACAAAUCACAAGCUAAUAAGGUACAAUGUUGUGAUCUUUGGUGGAGUGGAUGGCUACUCAAGGAAGGUCCUGUACUUGGAUGCAGCAACUAACAACAGGGCAAAAACUGCAUUCUCAUUUUUCCUGAGAUCAGCCCAGCUUCACGGCUUGCCAUCAAGGGUUAGGGCAGAUCAAGGAGUAGAAAACCUGGACAUUGCACAUUUCAUGUUUGCCACAAGAGGAACAGGGAGAGCGAGUUUCAUAUCUGGAAAGAGUGUCCACAAUCAGAGAGUAGAACGACUUUGGCGUGAUGUCUGGAUUGCAGUCACUAGCAAGUACCAUGAUAUUCUUCACUCACUCGAGGAGGAUGGCCUGCUUGACAUUUCAGAUGUCAUUCAUCUUUUUGGUGUCCACUACAUCUUUGUCCCUCGACUCCGAGCAGAUCUUGUCACCUUUGUUGGAGGAUGGAAUAAUCAUCCCCUCAGGACAGAAGGUGGUCUCACUCCUGAACAGCUCUGGUGUAUGGGACAUCUACAAGAGCUGGACGAGGGCGAGAGACUUGAGGAGCUUCGGGAUCCAGGCAUUGACUGGGAGAGUGCUGUACUGCAAGAAGAAUCUAACAGCACAGUUGUGGUUCCUGAAGUUGAAUGCCCACUGGAUGAGGAAACCCUGGAGGGGCUUCAGAGAACUAUUAAUCCCUUGGAACAUUCUGAGUCACACGGUCGUGACCUGUACAUACAAUUCUUGCUACAGGUGUCAAACCAACAGUGACACUUAACAUGGACGUGAAAGUCAACGUUCUUUUAAGUUCUCAAAUACUGGAUUUCUUUGCUAAAACAUUCAGAUUACAAGUAGACAAGCAAACAAAGCACUUGCUUAUUAUCUAUCAACGUAGGACCCUACACAAAGUUUUGAAGUCUUGUCAUUUUCAUGAAACGGCUACGAACAUCUUAACAGCUAAUGUUUACAAACAUUUUU